AUGAGUUCAUCAAACGAUAAAGUGGACAAGGAUACUGUAGUUGUUUAUCAAUUUAUACAAGGAUUGACAGCUCCGAGCUUAUCUCCCUUUGUACUCAAGUUGGAAACCUACCUGAGGAUGGCUAAAUUAAAUUAUGUCUGCGAUUAUGGUGGAAAAGUUUCCAAAAAAGGCAAAAUUCCUUGGAUUGCCAUCGAUGGAAAAGAAAUUGCCGAUUCUGCCUUUUGUGUCCAGUACUUGAACAAGAGGUUUAAUAUCGAUCUUGAUAGUCAUCUCAAUGAAUCACAAAAAGCCAUCGCUCAUGCUUAUAUUAAAAUGUUAGAAGAAAAUACAUUUUGGGCUGUAAUUGUGCAAACACGUGCAAUAGAAAACUUUCCUUGGGCUUUAAAUGAAUUUAAUGUGCCUAAAUAUUUAAAAGUCCCAGCUAAGCUAACAUUCAGACGCAAAGUAACCAAAGCGAUGUGGGGUCAUGGUAUAGGUAGGCAUAGCCAGGAAGAAAUUCACGAUAUCGGAAACAACGAUCUCCGUGCUUGCUCAUCAUUUCUUGCAGAUAAGAAAUUCUUUAUGGGCGAUCAGCCAAGUUUUAUAGACGCUGUUAUGUUUGGCUUUCUUGGUGAAAUUGUUUACGCUCUACCACCUGAUUGUUGGUAUGCACGAUUAGUCGACAACGAAUUCAAAAAUCUUAAGGCUUAUUGUGAUCGUAUGAAAGAGGAAUACUGGCCUGACUGGGACAGUAAAUUAAGGAGUCCCAAGGCAAAUUAG